CCCUUAGAAAAAAAAAUUGUGUAUUUUUCUCACGUCUUUUUGUUAUUUUAACCAGAAAUUCCAACAUAUUUCAAUAAAAUUAUUACCAAAAAAUUAAACCAACAAAUACAUGUAAACAAGGAAAUUGUCUAGCCAUUGUUUAAUUAAAAAAACAUGUGUAAACUAAAACAUAAAAACCAAGCCAAGUUUAUGAAAUUGUUGUAGAAAUUCCACCAAAAAAAGAAAAGAAACUAAAACACAAAAAAACUUAGAAAUUCCAACGAAAUUCUUGAGUGUUUAGCCAUAGAUGACUCAAUGCACAACAAAAGCGGUCGUAAAAUGUUGUUGACCAAGAAGCACUGGAUCUUUCUGAUGGGUGUUUUAUGUCUGAUGGUGUGCAUAGGCUAUUGGUUUAUAGGUUCCGAAGUCAAACUAGAUGCCGUUAAACCUUUAACGAAAUUGAAUGCUCCAUCUCCGGUGGCUGUGGGCGCUGCUUCGGAUCUUGUAUCACCUUUGGAUAAUUUCGAUUAUGAGGACCAACUGGUGGUGCUGUAUAAUCGUGUGCCCAAGACGGGCUCAACAAGUUUUGUAAAUAUUGCCUAUGACUUGUGUAAGAAGAAUCGUUUUCAUGUUUUGCAUAUCAAUAUUACGGCCAAUAAUCAUGUUUUAUCAUUGCCUAAUCAGAUCUCUUUUGUACGUAAUGUCACCAAGUGGCAUGAAAUGAAACCGGCCCUCUAUCAUGGUCAUUUGGCAUAUUUGGAUUUUUCAAAAUUCCAAAUAGCCCAUAAACCAAUUUAUAUUAAUAUAGUCCGUAAGCCAUUGGAUAGACUUGUUUCCUACUAUUAUUUUUUACGUUAUGGUGAUAACUAUCGUCCAAACUUAGUACGCAAAAAGGCGGGUAAUAAAAUUACAUUCGAUGAAUGUGUGGAAUUAGAGCAACCAGACUGUGAUCCCAAAAAUAUGUGGCUACAAAUACCCUUCUUCUGUGGUCAUGCAGCCGAAUGUUGGGAGCCCGGCAGUCAAUGGGCUUUGGAGAAAGCCAAACAGAAUUUGGUCAAUGAAUAUUUUCUGGUGGGCGUAACAGAACAAAUGGAAGAUUUUGUGGAUUUAUUGGAGAAAUCCUUGCCACGCAUGUUCCAGGGUUUUACCGAAUACUAUCGCCAUUCAAACAAGUCCCAUUUGAGACACACUACUUUUAAAAUUCUGCCCAGCGAAGAGACAGUGGCCACCAUAAUGAAAUCAAAAGUAUGGCAAAUGGAAACUGAAUUGUAUAAUUUUGCUUUGGCACAAUUUGAAUUUAAUAAGCGAAGACUUGUGCAGCCCGACAAGAAACAAAUACAAAAGUUUAUGUAUGAAAAAAUCAAACCCAAAUAAGUCUUUAUUUAAAUUAUAAAAAGACCUGUAAAUAUAAUAUAAAUUUCCUAAAGAAAAUUAAAACUGAAAAAUGUACUUAAUUUAUGUUUAAUUAAUUAUUAAUUUAAAUUUGUUUAAAAGAACACUCUUCUAACCACACACACAUUUGCCUUAUUUUGUUAAAAAAAAACAUAAAAUAAAAAAUAACAAAGUAUUGAAUUUAUUUCAUUAACAAAAAAACAAGAUAGUUUUUAUUACAUAAUUAAUUAAAAAUACUUAUUAUUAGUAGAAGCAAUAUUUAAUUAAUAAAACAAAGACAAACACACAAAUUGAAUUGUAAUAUAAUAAAAAAAAAAGAAACCAACCCAGUAGUAAAUUGUAGCAUAUCAUUAUGUAUUAGUUUAUAAAAUUUAUAAAACAAAGAUUCCUUAACGAUUUUAAGUUUUUCUUUAAUUUUUUUGUUUAAUUCUCAUAUAUACAAUAAAAAUGACAUAAUCUUAGUUUAGUUUAAAAUUAACUAACAAGGAAAAGAAGAAAAACUUAACAAUUAACAUUUUAUACCUAUGGACAAUACUAAAGAAGAAAAAAAUAUAUAUAAAAUAAUAUAAAUAAAUAAAUUAUAAAAUAUACAAAA